UCUAAUUCCUGGCCUCUUGCCGACACAUGCUAUAAGAUAAUCAUGUACCCACUCUUGAACCUUAUUUAUCUACACUUUCUUCCUUAACAAAACAGAGAGAUCGAUCCCAUAAACAAUCAACUCUUGAACCAACUUCUGCUGCAGCAGCAGCUUCCAAACAGUGCACUACUUUCACAACGCACGUACAGCAAACUCAAACCAGCUCUGAUCUGUUCGGAAUCCAGCCUUCAACAUGGGAAGCCUUCCGUUUACCGUGUCGGAUUUGCAAACAAGCACGAGUGGAACUCGGAGCAGUCCCACGUUGCUAUGUACUCCAUUGAUGGGAACCACGGUCGAUCAAAUGCUGAUCGAGAUGGGAAAGGCCAAGGAAAUCGGAUCCGAUGUCGUUGAGAUCCGGCUCGACUGUUUGAGAAACUUCAAUCCACGCCCCGAUCUUCAAGUUCUCAUUGAGCGGUCUCCAUUGCCAACUCUUGUCACUUACAGACCAAUUUGGGAAGGCGGUCAGUAUGAAGGUGAUGAAACCAAGCGACAGGAUGCACUUCGUUUGGCAAUGGAAUUGGGAGCCGAUUACAUUGAUGUUGAGCUUGAGAUUGCUCAUGACUUCAACAAUUCCAUUUAUGGGAAGAAGCCUGAGAACUUCAAAGUCAUCGUUUCUUCUCACAAUUUUCACAAUACUCCAUCUUCUGAGGCCAUUGGCAAUCUUGUGGCAAGAAUCCAAGCUACCGGAGCUGACAUAGUGAAGAUUGCAACAACUGCAUUGGACAUUACAGAUUGUGCACGCAUUUUUCAGAUAAUGGUGCAUUCUCAAGUGCCAACAAUUGGAAUUGUUAUGGGAGAAAGGGGUUUGAUUUCAAGGUUACUUAGCCCCAAGUUUGGUGGAUACCUCACUUAUGGUGCACUUGAGGCAGGUGCUAUUUCAGCUCCAGGCCAACCAACUGCAAAAGAUUUGUUGGACUUGUACAACUUCAGGCUUAUUGGACCAGAUACUAGAGUGUAUGGCAUCAUUGGGAAGCCUGUUGGUCACAGCAAGAGUCCACUUCUUUUCAAUGCAGCAUUCAAGUCAGUUGGUCUUAAUGCAGUUUAUGUGCACUUUUUGGUGGACGAUGUCAAGAAGUUUUUCGAUACCUAUUCUUCCUCUGAUUGGGCUGGAUGCAGUUGUACAAUCCCACAUAAGGAGGCUGCUCUCAAGUGCAUGAACGAGAUUGACCCUAUUGCCAAGAAAAUAGGAGCUAUUAAUAACAUUGUCAGGAGAUCAGAUGGAGGACUAAUGGCUUUCAACACUGACUACAUCGGUGCUAUUGCUGGCAUUGAAGAUCAACUGAGAGGUCUGAAUGGUACAAAUCCUGCAGCCGGCUCACCCUUGGCUGGUAAAUUGUUUGUUGUUUUGGGAGCCGGUGGUGCUGGCAAAUCACUUGCCUAUGGUGCUGCACAAAAGGGAGCAAGAGUGGUGGUUGCCAAUCGUACAUACGAGCGAGCUAAAGAACUGGCUGACAAAGUUGGUGGACAAGCUAUGACUCUUGCUGAAGUAGACAACUUCCAUCCUGAAGAAGGGAUGGUUCUUGCUAACACUACAUCCGUGGGAAUGAAACCUAAAAUAGAUGAGACCCCCAUUUCAAAGCAAUCUCUGAAACAUUAUUGCCUAGUAUUUGAUGCCAUUUACACACCAAAGGAGACCAGGCUCUUGCGUGAAGCAAGAGAGACUGGAGCAACUAUUGUGUACGGAACAGAGAUGUUGAUCCGCCAAGGCUUUGAACAAUACAAGAACUUCACUGGUCUGCCUGCACCAGAAGAACUGUUUAGGCAACUCAUGGAGAAGCAUGCAUAAAUGGGGACUUGCUUUGGCACUCCACACUACUGUUGCAGUUGAAUCUAUGCUUCCCCAUUACGGCUAAAUCGAUUUAGUUUUAGCAUUAUGUGAUAGGCUGCUGAGUUUUAUUUUUGUAUGAAUAAAUCUUUUGUUUCUAAUCGAAACAAUUUACAAAAAAUUGAUUCUAUAAGUUUGCAAUGCGUUUGAUAAUGAGAAAUGGUGGGAAUGAGUUUGUAGCUAA